AUGGCGCAGCCCGUCCCGACUAGGAACCACCGUGCAAGCGAGAGUGGUGUCGGGUCACAACUGCUAUCAUCCUUGUCGCGGGCGCGAGGUGGGCACGCGAGUGGGCGAGUUGCCGAUCUGUCUAAGCUGACUCUGCCUGCCUUUUGGUGGUUCCAGUGUGACGAGACACACCCCACCUGCAACAACUGCAAGAAGUCGAAGCGCGAGUGUCUGGGCUACGAUCCAAUCUUCAAGCAGCAGCAAACCCCCUCGGCACUCCAGCCUGCCCCCAGUGGCGGCCCCUCGCCGUCCGCCUCGGCGACAUCUACAGCCGCCCCGACUGCUCCUCCGGGCACUGCAGCCCCGUACACAACCCACCCGACGCCUGUGCUCACCCCAAGUGACCCGCCCGCCGCCCGUGAAUCAUCCGACGACAGCGCCACCGUCAAACACGAACCCUUUGAGCCUGCGAGGCCAUCCAUCAACAUCGACCCGGCCUUGGACAAGGCUGGAUCUGCCUCGUUCGCUGCCUCUGCUGCUGUGACCGCCGCCCUCACAGCUGCACGGUCACCCACCGCCGACUUCACCGUGCUGCAGCCUGGAGAGGCACCGCAGCUAAGAGUAAAGAUGCUCAAGGUCGAUGAGAUCAUCGACCAUUCUGGCGCCGCGCCUCGAAUCGAGACGAGCCUGAGGCCGACGCCGCAGUCUGUCGAGGAACUCACCAAGAUCUACUAUGAGAUCUACGUUCCUGGCCUCUGCCAAUUCUUCGAAUCGCAAUGGUUCAACUUCCAGAGCCAGGGCCAUAAUUCUAUUUCCAUCUUUCUUCACAACGACCCCCUCAUCUCCCUCCUGGGCAGCUUCCUCGUCUCGCUGCACACCGUCAAUGCCGACCCCAACCACUUCUCGUACUGCGGACACCUCGAAACCAGGGUUGUUUGGGCUUUGGCCAAGCUGGCAUACACGAUCCCUUCUGGGAUAAACAUGCCACGUGAUGACCCAUUGCCAGAAAACAACCCCAGCGAGACGCGUAACCGCGUCCACGUCUUCGAGGCACUUUUGAACGGCGAGACCCUCGCAACAAACCCUCUCAUCCCCCCUCCAAGAAACGCCGAUCAGCAUCGACGCAAGGAGUAUGAGUUCUGGUACUCACUGGCCGAGUUCCUGCGGCUUCCUGACCAGGUCGGGCGGGAGCAGCAUCUGCAGAGGCUUCGGGGCCUUUUGGAUGGUCGAGAAAACCGCGACGUGCUCUACUCGCUAGCCAUCAUACGGGACCUCGGCCCGCGAUUCGGGCCCGGCUACGAGAAUAAGAUCCCGGAUCACCUCGACGAGAGCGAGCCGCGCAAUAAACUUCACGUGGCCACCCAAUUCAUCAAGGCAGAGGCCUCUGCCACGGGUGGCACAACCAACGUCGUCCGUCAGCUUACCUUCGUAGCGUGUCGGGCGCUCGUCAACCCUGGUUUCAACAUUGUGCGCAAGCACUAA